GCUCCGCGCUCGGCGAACAUGGCGGCGGCGACGGUCGGGCGGGACACUUUACCUGAGCACUGGUCCUACGGGGUGUGCCGGGACGGCCGUGUCUUCUUCAUCAAUGACCAGCUCCGCCGCACGACCUGGCUGCACCCGCGCACCGGGGAGCCCGUCAACUCGGGCCACAUGAUCCGCUCAGACCUGCCCCGCGGCUGGGAGGAGGGCUUCACGGAGGAGGGCGCCAGCUACUUCAUCGAGUGAGUGAGUGGGGCCGCCGCGCUCGCACCU